UUCGACAAAUACGAUUCUAUAAAAUUUCGUAAAAAGUAAAAUAAAAAAACUAAAAAAAUCCAAAAUUAAGAGAAAAAGGAAAGAAAAAAAGUACGAUCGAGUGUGUUCCAUGCGAGGUAAGCAAGAAGCUUUGCUACGGCAAGAUCAUCAUCAAUUGGAGGAUCAACAUAGUAGUGAAAACGUUGAUCAAAUAGGUGAUCGAUCAAGAAUCCGCGUGAAUAAGGAGUUCGCGAACUUGAAGACGAAACCAACGUCACCCGUCCUGGCGAACGACGGAGGGGGCGGCUUCUGGCUGGCCACGGUGGCCGCGGGGGUUGGUGCCCCAGCCGGGCUGCCCCCGCACUCGACGCAUCAUCCAACCAUGGAUCCGACAUGUGGAUCAGCCGAAACCGGCUUUAUCAAUAGCCAACCUUCAAUGGCCGAAUUUAUGACCGCUUUACCACAAUUGGCCAAUGAUGGUAAUCUGCAACAUUCACCUGGUACCGGUGGUUCCAUAAGUCCUGGAGCACACCUUCCACCUUAUCACAACAUGAUGGAUCAUCAUGCAGUAACCGAUCCGUCCGGUGUCAAUGUACCAGAAUAUCCUUGGAUGAAGGAAAAGAAGACAACCAGAAAGAACAAUCAGCAAGAGAAUGGUUUGCCAAGAAGAUUGAGGACAGCUUAUACGAAUACGCAAUUGUUAGAAUUGGAAAAGGAGUUCCAUUUCAAUAAAUACCUUUGUCGGCCACGACGAAUCGAGAUAGCAGCAUCGCUCGAUCUGACAGAACGUCAGGUAAAAGUCUGGUUUCAGAAUCGCCGUAUGAAGCAUAAACGGCAAACUUUGAGUAAGGAGGAUGGCGACGAGAAGGAUGGCUCAACGUCCGACGGUAUGGAAAAAUCUAAAAGUGAUAAAAUGUUAAGUAUCGAUGCUGAGGAAAAGAAGAGCUGUCACAACUGUGAUAUUUCUGGUGUCGGAGACGUUGGUAGUACUCUCUCUGGUGACGUCAGCGAACUUGCUACGUCUGGUCGACGAAGUAGCAACAGCAAUAAUAACAACACCAGCAAUAAUAAUAAUAAUAGUAAUAAUAACAAUAAUACGCCAACUGCAACCAAUAACAACAAUAGUAACUCAGUAUUUAAUACAAACAGCAACGGUGCCAGUAGUGUUGGAAGCACAAACAGUGUUUCGAGUUCCCUAGAAAAGAUGAUAGUCGACGAUGACUCCAGGUCACAAGAUGGUAGUGAAGUGACAUCGCCGAGCGUACCGGCAAAGAAACUCUCUAAUGAUAUUAGGGUCAAGGUUGAAAGUGGACAUAAGAGUCCAAACACCACUAAACAAAUUUCCAUUAGUAAGAAGUCUCCGUCCGCGAAUUCAAAAGAUAUUUGUUCUGUAAAUAGCAACGGUGUUCUUCUUGCUAUGCCUGAUUCUACUGUCAGUACACCAGUCUUACCAGGACAAAAUUCAGCAAGGAGCCUAACACCAUCAUCCACACCUGGAACACCAGCUUCUGUUCAACUUCAACAAGGAAGUCCACUUAGUAUACAGCAAACUCAUACAUCCUAUAUGCAAAGACCACGGAGCUCUCCAUCAUCGACAACAACUAUAAUGCAAUCAGGAACUAUGUCGCCUCAUGCUGUCAGAAGCAUGGCGGCAAAUCAAAACCAUUUUCAACAACAAAACGUUUAUCAACCGAAUCUAGGAGCGGACUAUAGAAACGGUAUUUCAACGAUUAGACAAACUGUUCCUGUAGUCGUUCAGCAAACGCAAUCGCAGAACAAUUAUUGCACCAGAGAGAGCUAUCAACACACAAGAAUUCCGUAUACUAGCGAUGUACAUCCGUACAGACAAAAUCAGACGGUUGUUUCGAGAAUGAGCCACGUGAGAAUGGCCAGCGGUAGAAACGUAUAUUCGAACAUGCAAUUUCAUCAACAACAAAACCAAUACGGUAAUACUGCCGACUACAAUGGGUAUCCUCAAAGCGGAGCAACGUAUCAUGCUUCCUAUCAUAGAAGCAUGCAAAGCGGAGGUGCUUAUAAUACCGCCCAAGGCUAUUCCAAUCCACAAGCCGAACAACCGACGGAAGGAUAUGGAAAUUACGGUUAUACUAGUACCGGUUAUCAUCCCAAUAGUGAGAAUCUUACACCCCACAGUCAUUCCAAUGUGUCUACCCAAAGCGGACAACAUUAUUAUAAUGAAAUGCCACAUCAGCAACAGCAACAACAACAACAACAGCAACAACAACAGCAACAACAGCAACAACAACAACAACCGCAGCAACACCAGGCUGAUAGUUAUGUCGCUCAUCCACCGUCAAUGCAUCCCACUUCCGGUGAUUAUCGAACAAGUAACAAAUGUCACCCUAACGCUUACUACGAGCAAACCAAUCAGAUCCACGUUCAUCAGGGUGGCGAGGCUUCCAGUAUACCAAAUAGUUAUGUGUCUUCACCAGAUCCUUUCCCAGCACCCGGAAUGACCACCACAGCGACUGCAAUUGCCGCAGCAACCGCUGCUGUCAUCACGCCACCCGGUAGCACGGGACAAGCCGACGGAAGUGCGGAUUAUAACAAUUACGGCAAUUUUUACGGUGAACCCGUUCACACGACUGCACCGCCACCGUCGGCCGACAACAGUAAUAGCUCUUCGGACUUUAAUUUUCUCAGCAAUCUCGCCAAUGACUUUGCUCCCGAAUACUAUCAGCUCAGCUGAGUCCACGAGACGGAAAAUCCGUGUCAACUUGACUGGGCCGAUGAACAAGGACUGCUCAAUGUUUUAUAUUAACUUAUAACUUGUGAUUUGUGAACGUAUCAUCUACCGAUACGAAAAAAAUGAUAUGCGCUGUGUUUAUAAUUAGAACUGGUGAUAUAGUAUCGGUGAUAUAUACGAAGUUAAAAGUUCUUUGUGAUUUCCUCAAGUUAAUCGACUAUUUCCAAACUAUCGAGAUCGAUGAGAUAACUCGAUGAACGAUUUUAA